ACUAUAUUCCUUUGGGAAUGACUGGGGUAGUUGCAAGGAGUUCGCAUUGCGGUGUUAUCCGGACAAUCUGGACGAAUACAAUGUGUGAUACAAAUGAUUUAGGUGGAAAGAAGACUCUGGUUCAGGUACCGGACCGUUUAUUCUUUUAUUCUGGGGGCGAUGCUCUUCCCCGUGAUCUAAUAUUAACUUUGCAAGAACAACCAACUGAUUCUCAUUUACU